CCACAAUGCACAGCUACCUUUACGUUCCUCGGCUCGUCCGGAGUUGUUAAUAUAGUUGCACCCACCUUGGUCAGCUAGGUUAUCCUGAAAGGCACACCGUUUAAAUCACAUUCUAAACAAGUCGGGCUAACGCUUUGCGUUGGCAGGAGCUGGAGGCGAUCAAAGCCCGCGUGAUAGAGAUGGAGCAGGAGGCAGAGAAGCUGAGGGAGGUGCAGUACGAGCCCGAGAGCCGCCUUCUCUACAGCCCGCAAGCAGGGAUCUUCUACAGCAUGACCCAUGAGGAGAGAAUAGAUGCAGACAACAGAUCGGUCUACGUGGGGAAUGUGGAUUAUGGGACCACUGCAGACGAGCUGGAGAUCCACUUUAACGGCUGCGGUCACGUCAACAGGGUCACCAUUCUGUGUGAUAAAUUCACUGGCCAUCCAAAAGGGUUUGCUUACAUCGAGUUCUCUGAUAGAGAGUCAGUGAGAACGGCCAUGGCCUUAGAUGAGACCUUGUUUAGGGGGCGUGUCAUAAAGGUAAUGCCUAAAAGAACCAACAUGCCCGGCAUCAGUACCACAGACAGAGGGUUCCUGCGGGGAGGGCGCUUCAGGGGCCGAGGGUUCCGUGGAUCCAGGUUUAACAACGGCUUCCAGGGCAGGUUCCGUGGCUUCAGCAGGUCAGAGCUGUGUCGUUUCAACGCCGACAACCCAUACUGAACACGCAGAUGGCCACACUUGCUUGCUUCUCCAGUGUACAUUCACAACCUGACCUCAGCUUGACUCACUGAUCCGCUCUAAUACAAAUCACUGGGUGACGUGUGCACACAAGCCACUUUAGCCCAUGAAACAAUUAUGCUGGGUAAUUAGGUUAUGAUUUGUUGGAUUGGAACUAAUUAGAAUUUACAGAGUCAGUGAAAUCAAUGUAAAAUUGGGGGUCAAAGAUUAUGCUAAAUGUAGAAAAUGUUUACAAAUGCCUACUGUUCAUCUCUGUAAUAUUGACUUUGUUUUAGGGGAAGUGGAAGAACUCAGCCUUGGUAUGUUCCUUAUUGACAGAAAGAAGAAAAUUUUGUUUUGUUUUUUUUCCUCCUUGUUUAUGGUCUCCUAAGCACUUGUGGGUGCUAACUGGUGUUCCCACAGUCCUGCCUUUAAUGGAACUCUGAUGCACAUCAAUUUUCAUGGUAAAAUUUUAAGUACAUAUUUUGGGU